CUCUGAUCGGGACACUUGACUUCACGGCUCCACCUUGCAAGCACGUAUGCCGCAGAUCACAGGUAGCCGAUAUAACAUAAGAAGCAACCGUAAGAAGUAGGUAGAUAUCUUGACGAGAUCGCUGGUCUCAAGGUAAGCCAGUGUAUCGUAACAGAUCAUUAAACAGAGUUCUUUAUGGAACACGAGACUCGAGAGAUACCUUGAUUGUUAUAUAGUGUGGGGCGUGGUGGCAGCAGAUCGAUAUAUUGUCAAAUGUGAUCGGGGUAGAUACACGGGCGGGAUGCGGUGGUGGGGGCACUCCGCCCCGGUCGGCACCUGCCUUUGGGCGGUCCACGUCACGUACUUUAUAUAGCUUAACUGUUAUGUUAAUUCUGUAUUAUUUUAGGGGCGGCAAUUCUGUAUGAUGUUAGGGGCGGUAAUUCUGUAUUAUUUUAGGGGCGGAAAUUCUGUGUGAUUUUAGGGGCGGUAGUUCCGUGUGAUUGUAGGGGCGGUAAUUCUGUAUGAUGUUAGGGGUGGUAAUUCUGUAUGAUUUUAGGAGCGGUAAUUCUGCAUGAUUUUAGGGGCGGUAACCAUGGAUUAUAUUUUAGGGGCGGUAACAUCAUCGAGCGCCUCGGACGUCACAAACUAGCUCUACCAUUAAGUAGAUCGAUAUGUUUUCCAAUGUGGUCUGGAUUAGAUUGUUAUAUUGUUCAGUGUGGUUGGAGUCGAUUGAUAUAUUGUCUAAUGUGGUUGGAGUAGAUCGAUAUAUUGUUCACUGUGGUUGAAGUUAAUAGAUAUAUUACCCAAAGGGCUUGGAGGCGAUCGAUAUAUUGAUCACUGUGUUUGGAGUAGAUUGAUAUUUUGUUCAAUGUGGUUGGAGUUAAUAGACAUAUUAUCCAAUGGGGUUGGAGUAGAUUGAUAUAGUGUUCACUGUGGUUGGAGUUAAUAGGUAUAUUAUCCAUAGAGGUUGGAGUAGAUUGAUAUAUUUUUUUACUGUGUUUGGAGUUAAUAGAUGUAUUAUCCAUAGAGGUUGGAGUAAAUUGAUAUAUUGUUCACUAUGGUUGGUGUAGAUAGAUAGACAUAUAUUGUCCGAUAUUCUUGGAGUAGAUCAUAUCAUGUCCAAUAUGGUUGGAGUAGAUCAUAUCAUGUCCAAUAUGGUUGGAGUAGAUCAGAGCAUGUCCAAUAUGUUUGGAGUAGAUCAGAGCAUGUCCAAUAUGAUUGGAGUAGAUCAGAGCAUGUCCAAUAUGGUUGGAGUAGAUCAGAGCAUGUCCAAUAUGGUUGGAGUAGAUCAGAGCAUGUCCAAUAUGGUUGGAGUAGAUCAGAGCAUGUCCAAUAUGGUUGGAGUAGAUCAGAGCAUGUCCUAUAUGGUUGGAGUAGAUCAGAAAAUGUCAUAGGCGCUGGUGUAGGUUGACAGGCGUGGUUUGCGGGGGGGGGGGGGUCGGGAGGUUUGACUGCAGAUGAUGCCAUUGGUUUGUAAGGAUUUGCAUGUUGUUUAUAUCGAUUGGGAUUGUUUGGAGCGAUUCAGUUUUUUAACGGUUUUAAAAAGGUAAGACUCAAUACACAACUGCAGCGGUUCCCAACUUGUGCUCCGCUAUUCUCAUGACCGUCGCGGCAACGUGCAGGGGCUAAAUGGGGUUAGUGUAGGUGCUAAAUGGGGUUAGUGUAGGUGCUAAAUGGGGCUAGUGUAGGUGCUAAAUGAGGUUAGUGUAAGGUGCUAAAUUGUGUUAGUGUAGGUGCUAAAUGGGGUUAGGGUAAGGGGCCAAAUGGGGUUAGUGAAGGUGCUAAAUGGGGUUAGUGUAGGUGCUAAAUGAGGUUAGUGUAAGGUGCUAAAUUGUGUUAGUGUAGGUGCUAAAUGGGGUUAGGGUAGGGGCUAAAUGGGGUUAGUGUGGGUGCUAAAUGAAGUUAGUGUAGGGGCUAAAUGGGGUUAGUGUAGGUGCUAAAUGGGGGUUAGUGUAGGUGCUAAAUGGGGGUUAGUUUAGGUGCUAAAUGGGGGUUAGUGUAGAUGCUAAAUGGGAUUAGUGUAGGUGCUAAAUGGGGUUAGUGUAGGUGCUAAAUGGGGGUUAGUGAAGGUGUAAAAUGGGGGUUAAUGAAGGGGCUAAAUGGGGUUAGGGUAGGUUCUAAAUGGGGUUAGGGCAAGGGGCUAAUGUGUUUAGUGCAGGUGCUAAACGUGGUUAGUGUAGGUGCUUAACGGUGUUAGUGUAGGUGCUUAACGGUGUUAGUGUAGGCGCUAAAUGUAGGUGGGCGCCCAUUUGUUGUUAAAAGAGAUACAUCUAAGAGCCUUUGGGUUUGAAUGCUUGGCUUAUGUCAUUUAGAAGUGUGCCUGUGCGUCUAUAAAUGGUCUGCGUAACUUUAGGCUAUCAGCUAUCAAAACGCCUUCAAGGUGACCAACGAUUGCUACCGUUGUGUGAACACGCCAUGAAGUUACAUUGCGCUCCAACGUUUCUAGGUCUACUGAGGCUCAUCUGAAAAGUCAUUUUUUAAAUUAUUUUUUUUUUAAAAAUUGUUUGUUAUUGGGGGGGAG